AAAAUAACAAACAAGGUGUUUCCAGGGAACAAACAUACACUGGUUAGACAGCUCCUAUCGUUUUACUACGUGAUUGGCACCACGUGGUGUAUAUACUGCAUCUUUGAAGGUACAGGUCCCCAUCUAUAUGGACAUGCCCCCUAUCGAAUGAUGACCAAUACAUACCCACCCAUACUUUAUAUAGAGGCUUCUUGUGUAUGCACGUCCAAUAAGUUGAGGGAUAUCUGAAACUUGCACAACAAAGUUGUAUUAACUCUUUGCGGCCCAGUGACGCAGACGUGCGUCAGCGUAU